AUGUCGGGCACCUUUGUGUCCAAAGAAUUGACCUACCGUAUUUCUACUCUACUACCCUCCUGUUUGGAUAUACGUGUUGCGUAUGGUACUACUGAAACAGGAAAACCGGGUGCUGGAAUUGAGAUUAAAAUAAUCAACACUAAAACUGGUUAUAUUAAUCGUAGUGGCCAACCAGCACGUGGACACAGCCGUAUGAUUGGGUACUGGAGGGAUGACGUUAAGACCCGGGAGGUCAUUGAUGAAUGUGGUUGGUAUAGAACAGGUGACCUUGUUGUGAUGGAUAGCCAAGGUUAUAUGAAAAUCAUUGGCAGAAUAAAGGAUAUCAUAGUGAGGGCGGGUGAAAAUAUAUACCCCCAGGAGGUGGAGGAUGUUUUGGACAAAAAUCCAGCCAUUUUAAAAGCUUAUGUAUGCGGAGUUCCUGACGAUAGGAUGGGCGAGGAGGUAUGCGCGUGGAUUAAGCUCAACGAUAACCCGGGUGAUAAACUUAAUGAUCAGGAGGUGAAACAGUAUUGCAAACAACGGAUGGCAAAAUACAAAGUGCCCAGGUACAUCAUGUUCGUGGGGCAGUUCCCGUGCACUCCGGCCGGUAAAGUGAAAAAGUAUUCGAUGAGUGAACAGUCGUGCCUUAUGUUGGGUCUCACGGAUGUUAACAACAAUUUGGAGGUCCUUUAAAUUGAUGAUUGGGGUGCCUUGCUUAUAUGAUAUUUACAUAUAUUUAGUGAACAACU